CAAACACAAGCCAAUACGCAGCUAUUUUUCGGUACAAAAAUGAACGUGACUGCAGGGGAAAAAUACUUCGACCGGCCUGACUGACGACAUGAGACAACCUUUGCUCCUUAUCAGCCUGUCACUGGCAGUUCUCCUCUCUGUCGACGUGCUGCUAGCUCAGGACCAGGUACAGAUCGAGUUCCAGAUCGACCCGGUGCUGGUUCAAACUGGUACUGAGAUAGUGUUUACAGUGCUGACAGUGCCUCAGAUCCUGUCUGUGACAUGGGAGUACCAAGGAGGAGUGGCUCUGGGUGUGUGGGCUGGGGGAACAGCAGUGGUUGAUACAGUGCCCCAGUUCCAGGGCAGGGUCACCAUCACUGCCACCCAGCUCCGAAUCGGAAGCGCCCAGCUCCGAGACGCGGGGAACUACACAGUGAAUGUGGUACCCAUUGCUACCACAGGCCUGACUUCUAACUCCAGAUCAAUACAGCUGAGGGUGUUUGUUCCAGUGGCCGGGGUGAGUCUGGCUGUUCCCUCAGUGGCGGUGGAGGGGAGAAAUGUGUCUCUUAGUUGUACAUGGACUGCUGGGACAGAGACUACAGUCCAGUGGGACAAAGGAGGCACAGCCAUCACUGCAGACUCCAGGAUCACCAUCUCAGGUGGCUCUCUGGUCAUCAACCCAGCCAGACGGGAUGAUGCCGGGGAGUACACAUGUAUCGUCAGCAACCUUGUCAGCGCCCAAGCUGCCACAGAGAGCCUCACUGUCUUCUAUGGCCCGGACACCCCUGUACUGACCAAGGAAACGCCAAAAGAUUGUGUCGGUGGAGGGGAUGUGUUGUUGGGACAGGCGGCGCGCCUCACCUGCAAUUCUGACUCGCUGCCCCCUGCCCUCUUCUCAUGGCAACGUGAUGGGCAGACUGUAGCAUCGGGCCAGCCGGGCAGCGGGGUGCUCAUCCUUCAGACUUUCUCAACCAAUCAGAGCGGCCGGUACAUCUGCACGGCCAGAAACAGCAUCACUGGAGGCACAUCGGAGCAGGGGACAGACUUGGCCAUCGUGGACACGUGUCUGAACGUAGGGGAAGUGGUGGGGAUCGUGAUUGGAAGUUUGCUGCUGAUCAUAAUCAUUGUGCUCCUCAUCCUGCUCAUUGUUUUUCUCUUGCGAAGGAGGAGGGCUCAAAGGGAUACUCUGGUUUAUCCGAAGACAAACCCAAAUCCCCAUCUUAUACCUCCAGAUCCACAACCUAAUGGUGCAAGGGAAUUGGGCCAAGGUCCCCACCCCACCCUCUAUCACACACACACCCGCCAACCUGACCGCCUAUACACCGCCGCGCGUGAAAACCGUGGCAACUCACAGGCACUGCCACUGAACGGCCUGCAUAUCUCUGACACACACCAACACAAUGAUCAUACCCACACAAAUGGAGUCCGACACAAUGCUAUUCAGAACACCAAUUCAUACCCACACAAUGGCAUUGACAACCCGGCUUUCACACACACUGAUGCUCAGAAUGCAAACACACUCACAAACACACAGCGGCAAAACUCUAACAUUCUCAUACAGGCAGGCACUGCCCAGGGCGGCACCCAACCUCCGGCGGUCCACGUCAGCCUUAACACACUGCCACAAACUGCCCAGCAUAACAACAAUGCACAUAUGCCCACCAUUCAUGUCAAUCUUAACUCAUACCCAGCCAACGGCCAACAGACUCAGCAAGACAGCUUAUUUCCUCUUAACAACACAGCUAAUGUCAACGCUUCACAAACCCAACAAAACCUGCCACAUACAGAGCAAUCAAGUCCCAGAAUGCAAAGUGGGCAAUCCUACCCUAGUGACUCCCGAGUGAAUGGUCACAUAGACGCAGCUCAGCCUGGACUUAUACCAACUGGAUACACACAUUAUAACAGUAAUAACAUUUCCCAGCGAAAUGCAGACACACAGACCUACCAGCAGGACACAGGCCAUCACAGCCGCUCUGACAGAAACUCAGAAAGACAUGAUGCCACGCCGCGCUCCGCCCGUCGACAGGUGCCAUGGGAUCACCUCCGAGGGACACCUUCGUAUCCUGGUAUGCAUCAAAGAGGACAAUCAUCACCUGAGAUCCCCUCUGACACUACAGACUACACUGCCCAUCCUCCCAUGCCAGAGCUAAGAACGCCAAACAGAUCUCAGGCUCCACCUCAGAGCCAAAACACUUUGUGGAGCAGAGCUCCAACCAGACAAGAGGCACCAUCAGUGCACAGACAGUCGCAAAGCCGUUCAGCUGAUCUUCGAAGCCCAAACACUCGCAAUGUAACACAGCUUGAGGCUGCACACAACACACACAGAAGCCCCCGCACACAAAGGGAGAGUGCUCAGCGAGACAUCAGAGAUCCGCCUCGUAGCCAGACCGCCCCCAGGCAGGAAGCCACACACAGAAAUAACCCCCAGGCGCUGCCUCUCAUGAGCCAGCAGGCCUCUGUAGGACACUCUACCAUGUCACAAAGACCCACAACACAACAGGGACUGACUACACCACAGGGUGCAGAUACAAGAGUUUUGGCUGAUCCUAAUCACCUUCCACAGGCACACAUGGCCCACCAACAUAGAGCAGCACCGCUCCAAACACCACCACAAGGUCUGGGCAUGCAGUCACAGCCUGUCAUACAUGGUGCCAAUCACCCUAGCCAAGGAGGCACAGUUCCAGUCCCAUACCAUUCUGCCCAGCCUAAUUCCAGUAACCUAACCCAGGCCGCACUUAAAUCCCACACUGAGAAGGCGCAAGUAUUUCAGAAUCGGAAACAACAGACCCAGGCUGCCCUGCUUCACCCAGGACUGAAGGCUCAAGCUCCUGCCGCUGGGGCUCAGCAUCCACCAAUUCCUCCUCCUGUUAUACCCCUCGCACAGUUCCAGACCCUCCCCAAGGAGCGCACUCAACACAAAUCCCCAACUAGACGUCCUCACCCCGCCAGGCCCCCCGUCAACAUACCAGUGGCUCAACGAAACCUACAACAGCGGACCAAUGCACAUCGCCAUCCUGGAAAUGGCCAUGUGCAUGUCGGUGCACACAGGCAUGCCCAUGCCCACACCCACACCCAUGCCCACGGCCACGGGCACCCUGCCCACUUCACCAACCCACGACAGCAACAGGCUCACAGAGGGAGACCAAGAUGAUGACAGAUGUCAGCAGACUACACUCUAGAACCGUCCCACAUCCACUGACACAAACAAACAGCUGACAGACAUGAUCCAAUAUACCACCAAGCAAGACUGACUGCGUAAGGUUCUGCACUCAGAAAAGCUGUCACGCCAUGGUAUCUCAUUACUAAAGUCAUUGUUUUUUGUUUGUUAGAAAUGAAUGUGUCUUCCAUGGGGAUGAUAAAAUGUAACUUUUUUUUAAUUCAGUCCUGCUUGACAAAUCAUCUCUAAGAUGAAGGCUUAAUCUGCCCUUUUCUAAAUAUUUACCAGUAUGCCAAAUGAUACAUGAAGGAUUUUCACAGAAAAUGUUCCUCCGUCAACAAAACCUCUCUCCAAACACACACAGACUCAGACCCACAUGUAUUGUACUGUUUUUGUUUUCUGGAGCGCUGGUCGAGCUUCAAACUUUGCCAAGAGUCUGCACAGAGAAGACAAGUUCAGUGAUCCAUAGCUCCUGACCAAGCUCACGUCCACUCAUGCAUUCCUCAUGAAAACUAAACAACCCUACCUUGACAAAAUGCUCUUGAGGUGCUUGCAUGAAUAUCUGUGUCUUAGGAAGGUCUAAUAGUGACAAACAGUAAAGUAAAUGAGAAGGGGACCCUGCCUUGACCCUUAGGAGCAGUGACAAUUAUGAAAGAAGAAAUUAGCCGUAGGGGGCUGGUCUUAAUCUACGUGGAACUAUUUAUUUUGCACCCUCUGUUUACAGAUGCCUCUUACUUCACUUCUCAAUUAAGGAGAUUCGCCUCAGUGCCGCUCGGAAGUAAUGCUCAGCUAACUAUGAAGGGGAUACGACGACUGGAUGGCGCUUAUUAAUUAGAUGCUUUUAUGUGACUUAAAUGACUUGGAAAAUAAUCACACCCGCGUUUGAAUGAGGGCUUCACAAAGACCUGAGCUGCCAUGCUUUCUGCUGAAAAAGCACAGUGUUGCAAUUUACUUUUCUUCACUGGGUCAUGGACAGCACAUUAAAAAUGAUUGGACGUCAUUCUUACUUUUCGGAUUAUGUAUUAAUUGGUUUAUAAUGUUUGUUUUUUUUUGUACUCAGGGGUGUACUUGUGUAAACUGGUUAUUUAGUUUGCACCAAGUGAUAUCAAUGCUAUUGUGAUGAAAUGUGAUCAAAUUCAUCUGUACUUUAAAAAAUAAGGCUGGUGAUAGUCUAUAUUUUUCUUAUUGUCAAUGUCCCAUGUCAAGACUAAAACUAACCAUGACCCGAUUGUACUCACAAGUAUUGUGUGUGUAGCCAAACUCAUUCUAAAGCUGUAGACAAGAGCUCCACUGUUGUCCAGAUACUAAUAAAAACAGAUUAACCAGCCACACUGUUGUACUGGGAGACAUGGUCCAUCAUUACGGUAAACAUGGUCGCAGCAGUUUGUUUGAGUUAAUUGCACAUAUAUCAUCAUGCUGCUGUAACUACUCACUAGAGCACCAAAUGUGUAUUAAUCCCCCGCUGAAAAUAGUCCCAGACAAAUGCGCUAUUUAAUGCUGUGUGAGCAACGUUUCCUAAAAGCUACAGUGCCCAGCUGUUUCUGGAAAUGAAUUAGCCCCUUUUGAAAACAAAACUACAUAUUUGCAACCUGUUUCUGAAGUUUUCAGUUUUCAGUAGAAACAAAUAGACGUUGAGAGACGAAUUAGAGCCCAGUUGGUUUUUGUCUUUUCAUGGGACUUGUUGAGAAUUAAAAAAAGAAAGAAAGAAUAAUCCGUCUUUUGAUAUCAAAAUACAUAUUGAACACAUCACAUCUGGUGGCCCCAACCUUACAUCUGGAGCCUGAGAUUUAUGUUACUGCCUUGAAAAAUUGUGCCGUUUUUAAAAAAAUUAAUGCUUGUAAAUAAUUUAUACAGAUGUUGAAUAUCCAUGUGUGAUGCUUCAAGCACACUAUUAUUAUUUAUCUUUGCUCCUCAGGAAGGGUUUGUACAUUGUGCGGGUUUUAUGAAAUGUUCCAAGAUCUUAUUUUAUCAGUAACAAUAAAGGAUUUUUGUCA